GCUGUCUGGUUUGGAUGUGAUGUUGGUGCAAGAUUUGCUGGAAAGCCUGGUGUUCAGGAUCUUAAUGCACACGAUUUUAAAUUAGUGUUUGGUGUGGAUGUCAACCUUGGGCUGAACAAAGCAGAACGACUCUUAUAUGGUGAUUCUCUAAUGACACAUGCUAUGGUUUUUACUGCAGUCAGUUCAGAUGAGGAAGGUAAACCAAUCAAAUGGAGGGUGGAAAAUUCUUGGGGGGAAGAAAGAGGAGAAAAAGGUUACUUGAUGAUGACUUCAGACUGGUUCAAAGAGUAUGUUUAUGAAAUUGUUAUAGAUAAAAAAUUUGUGUCAGAGGAUGUGAUGGAAGUUUUUAAGAAGGAACCACUUCUUCUGCCAGCAUGGGACCCAAUGGGAGCUCUUGCAUAUUGAUCUUCAACUAAGCUAUUUUAUUGUACCUGAUAACUGAAGUCACAAUUCAAGAAAUUAAACAUUUUUACUAUCAAGUAAUCAUUUAUUAUCCAAAUAUAUGCUUUAAAUGUCUGAAAAUUUCCAUUUUUUCAUUGUUGGCAUAUUUCCAUGCCUGUACUAAAACAAAUCAUUUGACUAUAUGUUAUGUCUUCAAUUUUUAUGCUAAAAUGAAGCUGCUGUAACCAGAAA